AUGCUGGGCGACAACCGAUCUUCUAGCCUGCCAAGCCCCGGCCAUCGUCCUCGCCUUCAGAAUGCGGCCGGUGUGAUGCCGGAGCAGCGAUUGACCCACGAUCAGGCUAUUCUACUCGUCCAAGCCAAGUUAGGGAUGGACGCCCCAAAUUCACUGACAAGACAUGACCCCACAAACCCGGGGGCGUGGAAUGAACCCACACGAAUAGGGAGGGUCGCCCCAUUUUCCUUUUUCCUUUUCUUUUUUUAUCUCGAGGCCAAGGUCUUACCUCUGCUUCUGCGGGAGAAGGUUCAGGGGGGAGAAGAAGGGGCAGGGGGGCGCUUCUUGACCCAGGACUCGGACGCAUCACGGACUCCGUGUAGAGAGGAAUGCUGUCCGCUCGGCGCCAAGACCCUCCCUUCGCAGCAGGUCUCCUCCGUACCAGCAGCAACAAACUUGGCCGCCUGGAGUUCGGCUCCAUUGGCCUGCGCCAAGGGCGAUCACGCCGAUCAUGCUACCCCGAGCCGUGCAUCAAGGGGCUUGGCGCUUCUCCGUUAA